AUGACACCUCGCACUGGCGAUGCAGGCGCUACUACACCGCGCACGAAAGCAUCGCCAGACGAGUGCUGGCACGUGGCUGUGGUCGCCGGCCUGCUGACGUGCCUCGCCGCAGCCCUCACUCGUUCCUCGGGUUUCCUGCACGUCGGCAUCAUGGAGCAGUACGGAGUUGAUCACGAGAAGGCGUCAUGGCCCAUCUCUUUGGCAUCCGUGUUGAACAACAUGGCAGGGCUCAUCGCGGGACCGAUAUGCCAAAAGAUUGGUGCAGUCCCCGUCCUGCAUGUCGGCUGCGUGAUCAUGUGGGUGUCGUUGAUGGCCAGUAGCUUUUCGCCAAACAUUACCUGGCUGGCGCUGACCAUGGGUGCAUUAUUUGGAAUUGGCUGUGGUACGACGUUCAUGACGCUGCACGUGCUAGUGAAUCAACAUUUCCAGAAAUACACUGGGCUUGCGCUGGGUAUCAUGUACACCGGCUGCACGGCAUCUGCCUUCAUCUUUCCGAGACUGCUGCUCUUUCUUGCCAAUACAUACGGCUUUCAAGGAAGCAUGCUCAUAUUCGGUGGAAUCGUCAUGCAUGCAUCCGCCCUGGCAUUGUUACUGAAGAAUCCAGGCUGGGCCCGCAGUAAGAGCAAGCUCCAAAAACCUCCACAUGGAGAGGCGAAACCGGGCAUAUUUACUGUUGAAAGCAAAGAGAAGAGCAUUACAGAAGUUUCUCAAAAACCAGCAACCAUCGAUAAUCAGAGGCGACCGGAUCCCACGAGCCUUGCAUACGGUGUAACAGUAAUGAGGAGUCCCAUGCUUUACGUCAUCCUGUUCACGUACAUUGUCUUGAAUUUCAACUUCGGCGUAUUUGUGACAACUGUCGUAGACUUCGCAGUUGACCGGGGUUCGACUGUCGCCAGUGCUGUGAACAUCGUGCCUCUUUUCUCUAUCACGGACACCGUGGGACGCCUGGGCCUUCCCGUACUGGCGGACCGUGGGUAUAUACGCCGUAGUACCCUGGCGAUGCUCAACUAUAUACUCAUGGCAGCUAGCAUGUUCGCACUGCCUUUCUCGUCGUCGUACGCCGGCAUGCUGGCCGUGUGCAUGUGCAUAGCUCUGUUCCAGGGCUGCGGUAUUCCCUUGUAUCCAGCUCUCAUGGCCGAGUACGUCGGGAUUGAGAGACUGCCCAUUGGCUACGGCAUCGUGGGUACAGUGGCUGGCCCACUCUACUUGUUGAACCCGCUCUUCAUUGGACAUUUCAGGGACAAGAUAGGUUCCUACGACAACAUGUAUAGGACUCUAGCAAUAACAUUGGCUCUUGUUGGGAUCACAUGGUCGAUCGUCUUCUGUGCCGAGAGGAAAAGACAGAAAAGGUGGAGUGGGAGCUACAACAAAGAAGAAAGCAUCGGCAUUGCCAGCACUUCUCUUCAACGGUCGGAAAAUUAUCAGUCAUUUUCUGGCUCAAAAAACAAUAGCCUAAAGCAAGCGUUCUGA